CCCUUCAUCCCCCGUCGCUGUUGUCGCUGUUGCAGCCCUGAGUUCAGCCGGGAGCAGAGCGGACCUCACGGCCCGAGCGGAGCGCCGCGCGUGCCCAACCGUGAGGCCAGACAUCUGACUGUUGGUGUGAGACCAGUGCUCCUGGUGGUGUGCCCUGAGCUAUGGAGGCACCUUUGCAGACAGAGAUGGUGGAACUGGUGCCCAACGGCAAACACUCAGAGGGGCUGCUCCCAGUCGUCACCCCCAUGGCACGCAACCAGAGGAUCGAGGACCCCACAGGGAGCUGUAUUGAGGGCAAGAGUUUCCUACAGAAAAGUCUCAGCAAGGAGCCAACCUUCACCGACUUCGAGGGGAAGACAUCGUUCGGGAUGUCAGUGUUCAACCUCAGCAACGCCAUCAUGGGCAGCGGCAUCCUGGGACUCGCCUAUGCCAUGGCCAAUACAGGCAUUAUCCUUUUCCUGUUCCUGUUGACAGCUGUCGCCUUGCUCUCCAGCUACUCCAUCCACCUGCUACUCAAGUCCUCAGGGGUCGUGGGCAUCCGUGCCUAUGAGCAGCUGGGCUACCGUGCCUUUGGGACCCCAGGAAAGUUGGCAGCAGCCCUGGCCAUCACACUGCAGAACAUCGGAGCCAUGUCCAGCUACCUGUAUAUCAUCAAGUCUGAGCUGCCACUUGUCAUACAGACCUUCCUGAAUCUGGAGGAGAAAACCUCGGACUGGUACAUGAACGGGAACUACCUGGUGAUCCUUGUCUCUGUCAUUGUCAUCCUGCCCCUGGCACUGAUGCGGCAGCUUGGCUACCUGGGCUACUCCAGUGGCUUCUCUCUCAGCUGCAUGGUGUUCUUCCUAAUUGCAGUCAUCUACAAAAAGUUCCAUGUGCCCUGUCCACUGCCCCCCAACUUCAGCAACACCACAGGCAACUUCAGUCAUGUGGAGGUCAUGGAGGAGAAGGUGCAGCUGCAGGUCGAGCCUGAGGCUGCAGCCUUCUGCACCCCCAGCUACUUCACACUCAACUCACAGACAGCAUACACCAUCCCUAUCAUGGCCUUCGCCUUCGUCUGCCACCCCGAGGUGCUGCCCAUCUAUACCGAGCUCAAGGACCCCUCUAAGAAGAAGAUGCAGCACAUCUCCAACCUGUCCAUCGCCGUCAUGUACGUCAUGUACUUCCUGGCUGCCCUCUUCGGCUACCUCUCCUUCUACGACGGGGUGGAGUCGGAGCUGCUGCACACCUACAGCAAGGUGGACCCGUUCGAUGUGCUGAUCCUGUGCGUGCGCGUGGCCGUGCUGACAGCAGUCACGCUCACAGUGCCCAUCGUUCUGUUCCCGGUGCGCCGCGCCAUCCAGCAGAUGCUGUUUCCAAACCAGGAGUUCAGCUGGCUGCGGCACGUGGUCAUUGCCUUUAGCCUGCUCACUUGUAUCAACCUGCUGGUCAUCUUUGCCCCCAACAUCCUGGGCAUCUUUGGAGUCAUUGGCGCCACAUCUGCCCCGUGCCUCAUCUUCAUCUUCCCUGCCAUCUUCUACUUCCGAAUCAUGCCCACAGAGAAGGAGCCUGCAAGAUCUACCCCCAAAAUCCUGGCCCUGUGUUUUGCCGUGCUUGGCUUCUUGCUGAUGACCAUGAGCUUGAGCUUCAUCAUCAUUGACUGGGCCUCAGGGAACAGCCGGCAUGGAGGAAACCACUAGGAUGACCCUCAUCCUGUUCUGUCUACUCACCCCAGCAGCCCUGCCCAGACUCUCCAGCUCCUGCUCCCAUCCAGUGGCCAGUCAGGGGAGGAGAAAGACACGAUUAACACCGUGGCAUUCAGCCAGGCCCCAUGUCCUUCUGUGGCAGGUUUUUGUUCAAGAGCCAGGACCAAGGCCUUUGGGCCACUACCCCGCUGGGCUCCGGAGCUGUAGGGGCUUCCUGAACUGGGAGCAGGGUGGGGCUGUCACCUUAGAUCCUGCCCAAGCCCCUCAUUCCCUCCUUGUACAGAUGCAUACCCUGGGGCCCAGCAGCUGCCUCCUGAGGGGACACAGCCUAUAGGGACAAACAGAGCUGGGAUCCAGCCUGUAGCCAUCCCCCUACCCUGCUGCUAGGCCACAAUCUGCCUCCUGGGGCCUCAUCUCCCCCAGCCCACUUGUUUUCCCCCCUUUUAUCCCCAUCCCCUUUUCAGACACUUGGGCUCUUAGAUACUCUUCUCCCAUCCCCUUCACAGGAUGACACCCUCCCAUACCCCAUAGCUGGGGCCAGCAGGUUCUGCUGAGGGUGGGCUGGUGUAGGUACCCCAAAGAGACCCCUGCCUUGUCCCUUCACCAGUCCUGGGGAGGCUGGGACUCCCCUGCCACAAGCCUGGGCCACAGCUCACAUUCCAUUGCUGAGAGAAGAGAGAGGCUGAGGCCCAGAGUGGCCUGCCCCCAGGAGCCAAAGACCCCAGUGGCCACACUGGGACAGGGUGGGGAGGCUGGAAGCCCCCUUUUAUAAAUAUUAUACAUAAGAC